UUCACAGCUGACCUCGAACGUGGCCCAUUUCUCACAAGGUUUGAAAUCUCCUCCAUGCUCCAACGGACUCCUCCGCCCGACUUCGCCACCGUGAGCUCCGCCCGGAGCACACUUCGCCGGAAGCUACCGGCGAUAUCUGACGGCGAGCUCUUGAUGUCUCCUACUUUGCGCCAUCUGCGCACCGUUUCCGAGGUGCGUUACGCUCCGCUCAUUAUUCCUUUAGUAGGCUCACUCUCAGUAAGCACUUCACGGACCCUAGUGUUGCGCAACUCCAAAACCCUAAAUUUUCUAUUUUGUUCCCAUACUUCCUCUUCCCCUUCGUGUUAUUCUUCUUGUGAUUCUGAAAACCUUGAUUUUCUUGAACAAUUCUCGCCAUUUAGAAAUUCGAAUUCAUUAGACUUCAUCAAUUCAAAUGAACGGCGUAAAAUUAUUUUGGGCUUGUCUAGAAUAAUCAAACAGAGGCAUGGGCACUUGUUGAAGUGUUUUUCGCUGAAAUUUUGCCCAAUUUUUCUAGUAAAGAUCAUGAAGUUGUUCGAAAAUCAACAAGUAGCACUUGCGUUUUUCAAAUUCUCUUUCCGGGAUGAUUCAGACACUUUGGUUCAAUCUUGUUGUGUUGCUGCGCAUAUUUUAGCAGCGGAGGGGCUCAGGGUGCUUGCGCAAGGCGUGCUUUCAUGGGUAAUUGCUAAAAUUGGGGUGGGUCGGAGCAGGGGUUUAGUGGAGUUCAUGUGGAAAGUUCACGGUGCUUAUGAGUCAGACUUUUCUGUUCUUGAUUCACUAAUGAGGGCGUUCUUGAAUGCGGAAAUGGACAUGGAGGCAUUGUGCAUUGUGAGGAGGAUGAGAGAAAUGGGACUGAGACCAAGUUUGUCUGCAUUUUCUAUUCUUUUCAAAAUGUUGCUUAGAAUUGGUGAUUACGGUAGUGUGUGGAAGUUAUUUAGAGAAAUGCUUCAGAGAGGGCCUCAUCCUUCUAACUAUACUUUCAAUGUGAUGAUCCUUGGUUUUUGUAAAAAAGGGCAUCUUGAAGUUAGUGAGGGUUUAUUGCAUGUUAUGUGGAAGUUCCGAUGUGAGCCAGACGUUUUCUCUUAUAACAUUAUUAUCAAUGCAUAUUGCUUGAGGGGGAGAACUGCUGAUGCAUUGGGUUGGGUACAUUUGAUGAUUGAGAGGGGUUGUAAUCCUAGCACAGCUACAUUUAGUACGAUUAUUAAUGCAUUAUGCAGGGAGGGAAAUGUAAUGGGGGCGAGGAAACUUUUUGACGGAAUCCAAGAUGUGGGCAUAUCUCCAAACACCAUUAUAUACAAUUGUUUAAUGGAUGGAUAUGUCAAGGCAAGAGAGAUUGGUCAAGCAAACAUGCUAUAUGAAGAAAUGAGGGAAAAAGGUUUAACUCCUGAUGGUAUGACCUUUAAUAUUUUGGUUGCGGGACAUUACAAGUAUGGAAGGGAACAGGAUGGAGACAGGUUGUUGAGGGAUUUAUCCACAUCAGGAUUGCUUCCAGAUUAUUCAUUGCCUGAUGUAUAUGUUGCAGGACUGUGUUGGGCUGGUAGAUUGGAUGAAGCCAUGAAAUUUCUUGAGGAUAUGCUUGAGAAAGGGAUACCCCUCAGUGUGAUUGCUUUUAACUCGAUCAUCGCUGCUUUUAGCAGAGCAGGCUUUGAAGAUAAAGCCUUCCUAGCCUUUAAAGUUAUGGCAAAAUUUGGUCUAACUCCUUCAUCUUCCACAUGCAGUUCUCUGCUUCUAGGUUUGUCGAAAAAUGGGAGGCUGCAGGAGGCCAGGGACAUUCUGGAUAAGAUGAUAGAGAACGGUUUUCCUGUCAACAGAGUGGCUUUCACAGUGCUUCUUGAUGGGUGUUUUAGGACAGGGGACCUGAUGGGGGCUCAAAAUUUGUGGAAAGAGAUGGAACAGAGGGGUUUUUUUCCUGAUGCUGUUGCCUUCUCAGCAUUCAUUGAUGGACUCUCUAAAGCAGGUCUGGUGGAGGAAGCAUACAAUUUGUUUUUAGAAAUGUCAAGAAAAGGAUUUGUACCAAAUAAUUUCCCCUACAACUCUUUGAUUGGGGGUUUUUGCAGGCUUGGGAGGCUGAGAGAAGCAUUGAAGUUGGAAGGAGAGAUGCGUGAAAGAGGUCUUCUCCCAGAUAUCUUCACCAUCAAUAUGAUCAUCAACGGGCUCUGUAAACAGGGGAGGAUGAAGUCAGCAACAGAUGCUUUUAUGGACAUGCACCAGAGUGGGUUGACUCCUGAUAUUGUCACUUAUAACACACUAAUCAAUGGGUACUGUAAAGCAUUGGAUAUGGUUAAUGCCGAUGACUUUGUCAAUAAAAUGUGUGCAGGUGGGUGGGAUCCUGAUAUCACAACUUAUAAUAUACGCAUCCAGGGUUUUUGUAGUAGCCGAAGGAUGAACCGAGCUGUGAUGAUGUUGAAUGAGCUUGUAUCAGUGGGUGUUGUUCCAAAUACAGUAACAUAUAACACUCUGAUGAAUGGUCUUUGUAGUGACAUACUGGACCGUGCAUUGAUUUUAACUGCAAAGUUGCUUAAGAUGGCGUUUGAUCCAAAUGUUGUAACGUUUAAUUUACUUUUGUCUCACUUCUGCAAGCAGGGACUUCCUGAAAGGACCUUGAUGUGGGGGCAGAAGUUGAGUGAAAUUGGCUUUGAAUUUGAUGAAAUUACAUAUAAAACAAUGGAUAGAGCCUACUGUAGCAUGCAAGAAGAUGCUGACUUUACAAGAGUAGCUUCAGAAAAGAGUUUUUUUCUGGACUUCCUCAUGUAUAUUACAUACGAAAAUUUCCUUAGAAAUAGAUCUGAUACCCGAACAAGUAAGUCUCCUCUCAAGCUAAUUGACAGUGGAUUUUCAGCUAGUUGAUUAGCAAGACAAUUUUGUACCACAUCAGUUCCUGAGGUAAGGCUGAAUCAUGUGUAAAUAUAUGUAAUUAUGUGGUGGGGAUACAAGCUGGCAUCAGAGAUUAUCCUAAAACUCUAUGCAUUUGGCAGACAGAAGUUAAGAGUAUCACUAAUUGGGGAAAAUAUGAGAAAAUUUUGGUUGAAACGGCAUUCAUGAAGGUCGAUUGCAGCCUUAUAGGAAGCGGUGUGUUCUGUUUUGAAGGGGGAGGAAGAAAAAGCUGGAACUGAGGCGAUGAGGAAGGCCAUAAUGGCCUGAGACUUAAUUAGAGAGUUGGCUCGUCCCGGUGUUUUUUUUGAAAAAAAAAUCUAGCCAGUGUCUAUGCAUUUCAGUGGUGGGGAUUGGUUUUGUUGCCACCAUUCUUUGCAAUGUACUCUUAUGUAUGCUUAUGUUAACGAUGAAAAGCGGAUAUACAUACCCCCAUGAACUGUUUAAUGGUCUGGGAGAAAGUAGAUCUA